UUGAAUUUCAACAAAAACUUCAUUGAGUAAUUUCUACAAACAUGUUAUGGGCAUAAAAUGAAUUAGAGAAAUUACACUAAAAUUUUAAUUAAUUAACACCUCAAAAUCAUUACAAUGAAACAAACUAAUCAAUUAUUCACUUUUAUAUCAUACAUAAAAGUUGUCUGGUCACACACACAUUUUAUGUACGACUCUAACUCAUAUAAAACCAUGUUCACUUCAAACAACUAUGAAACCGCUUUCACUUUAGGCUAGACAGACACUGCAUUUCCAUAAUGUCUGUCCGCCAAACAAAAUACAAACAAAUGACAAAAAACAACAUACUCUUCUCCAAGACUUCAACGUCCACACCUUCAUCAUCUUCUUCCAUUGAAGUCGUCGCUACUUCAACAGCGACCGGAGAUGGCAGAUUUCCACCUUCACCCACGUCAUCAAGCUUGUGACCUUCAUCUUCCCAUGUCAAGCCAUCCAAAACAACUCAUCGCUAAACUCGGAUACUUCCUUCCCCAUAUAUCCAUCCAAGAAGAUGAAAGAAAGAAGCAGGUGAGAGGAUGGGUUGAACACUGUAGCAAGUUUUGAAGGAGGAGAGGUGUUUUGGCGUAAAGUUGAGGAGUGGGUUGGGGAGAUGUGAGAGAGGUGAGAGAAAAGUAUUUUUGGAAAGGAGUAAAAAGGAUGGUAAAAAAAAUGGGGUAUUUAUAUGGGAUAGGAAAUGGGGUAAACUUGUGGUACUUAUAGCAUUUUUGGAAGCUUCGAUCACUACAUUCCUCUCUGAGUUACUCUGUACACUAACUAAGCACAUUCACUUUGCUGCUAUUUCACAGCCCUCGAAUUUCUGAAAAAUCAUAUCCCUCCUCUCAUUCCAAGGUCGGUUGUAGUAUAUGGUUAUGGAUCAUCCGCUCAGAAGCUUGCCUAACUCCUCUAUGAACAGUUUCGAGUUGGAGAAUGAGAUCAUUUUCUCUACCUUUAAACCAUCAGUGGACAUUCCAGACAGUUACAAGCAUGCCCUUUCAGUGGCACAACAUCCCAACCUGGGCACUCAUGAUCCUGCUUUGGACUCUGAUUCCACGCUGAACUACAUUAGCCAGAUGCUACUGGAGGAAGAGAGCAUUGAUGGGAACAAUCAGAACAUGUCCUUUGAUCCCAUUGCUCUUAGAGCUGCUGAGAAUGCCUUUUAUGAAGCCUUGCAUGAGAACCCUUCCCCACCUAUUCACAACAUUCCUGGAAGCUUAUUCAGGAAUGAUGUUGAUCCAGGAGAAUGCGAAUCAUGUGUUACGAGUGAGCCUCCCCCCGAUCUCGCCAUCAAGUUAUCAUCCGGUUUGUCAAACGGUUCUCUAUAUAGCUUUGGUGAUAGUGAUUCCAUAUCUCGAUUCAUGAGAGGUGCGGCUGAAUCUAGUAGAUGCCUUCAAGCUGCCCCUAAACAGCAUAUCAUCAAUGACUUGGAGAAACAUGAGGAGUCACCGAGAGAUAUUGAUGUCCCCAAGAUAGAUAAGGACCGUUCAGUGAAUUCGUACCGUAGAGGAAAGAAGCAUUAUUACCAUCCAGAUGAAAGUGGGGUGGAAGAAGAAAGGAUAAACAAGCAGCCUGCACUUUGUAAGGAGGAAGUUGAGUUAUCAGAGGAUUUUGAUAAUGUUUUGCUGUGUGGUGAAGAUGAUGAUGGUGAUGAUAGUGCUUCUCUAUCCCGACUCGGACAAAAAGGACAAAGUGGCCGCCGCCAUCUUAAGAAACGCGGAGGUAAUUGUGAAACUGUGGAUCUGGUGUCUCUUUUAAUUAGCUGUGCACAAUCUGUUGCAUAUGCUGAUUAUAGGGGUGCAGAAGAUAAAUUAAAAAAGAUCAGGCAGCACUCUUCACCUACAGGUGACCCAAAUCAAAGAGUGGCUAAUGUAUUCGCUGAUAGUCUGGAGGUGCGGUUGGCUGGAACUGGGACACAAGUAUAUAAAGCAAUGUCUAAUAAUGAUGUCCUAGUCCCUGAGUUGCUAAAGUCCUACCUGUCACCUUUGCCGUUUAUGAGAAUGGCAGUUUUCUUUGCGAAUAGAAUGAUUUACGAAGUAGCGUCAAAAUGUGUCUCACUGCACAUUAUAGACUUUGGGAUUCAUUAUGGUAUCCAGUGGCCCACUCUUAUCCGGGACCUUUCUCAAAGACCUGAUGGCCCGCCUAAACUUCGAAUAACAGGAAUCGAGAUUCCCCUACCCGGUUUUUGUCCAGAGCAGAUGGUAGAAGAAACAGGUUCCCGCUUAGCAAAAUGUUGCCAGUGUUUCGGUGUGCCAUUCGAGUACAACGCGCUAACAAGGCAGAAUUGGGAGACUAUAACAAUUGAGGAUUUAAAGCUUUUGAGUGAUGAGGUGGUUGCUGUUAACUGUUUUAUUCGAUUAGAGUACAUUUUGGAUGAGACAUUGGUUGUUAUGAACAGUCCUAGGGAUGCAGUUUUAAACUUAAUACGGCAAGUAAGUCCUCGUAUAUAUGUCCAAGCAAUGAGUAACGGACCUCACAGCUCUCCUUUCUUUGUCAAUCGGUUUCGAGAAGCUCUCUCAUUCUACUCUACUGUCUUUGAUACGUGUGUGGCUAUUUUGCCACUCCAUGAGCAUCAUAGAUUGAUUUUAGAACAAGAAGUUCUAGGUCGAGAGAUAAUGAACAUCAUUGCAUGUGAGGGCAUGGAAAGAUUGUUGAGGCCUGAAACAUGUAAGCAGUGGCAAUCUCGCAUUUUGAGGGCAGGCUUCAAGCCCAUGUCGACUAACCCCAAACUCGUGAAAAAGUUAAAAAGCAAGGUGAGGGCAGGAUAUCACAAAGACUUUCUGUUUGUGGAAGAGGGCAACUGGAUAUUGCAGGGGUGGAAAGGUCGAAUUCUUGGAGGCAGCUCUUGCUGGGUUGCUGCGUGACAUUCUAACAACGUCAGAUAGUAAGUACAAUUAGUAAUUAUUGCUGCUUGCGACAUGACAGUCUCCCAACCAGGACAUGGUAGAAUUUGUUUUAGUGGAAUGUUUUUACAUAUCACCUCUAUUCUUUUUUUUUUAAAAUGUGACUAAACUUUGUUUAAAUCAUUCAAGUUUCUUCCUUCUCCAACCCCU